AUGACCACACAAAUAAGAUCUCCCGAAGGUUUGCCGUAUCCGAUUCAGAUCGACAAACUCAUCCCAAGUGUAGGUUCGUAUCUCCAUGAAGGUGAUAGGUUGCUUGUCUAUAAAUUCUGGUACUUGGUGGAAAGGGCCUCAGAGACCGGCGUUGAUGACAACGAGCACGAUGCUUCUCCCGGCGGCGGUGCCGGCAGCAAUGGUGUCUCUCCGCCAACUAAACAGCUACGUGAAUCUAUAGAAUUUUUUGAGAGUCCCUACGAAGGAGAUUUGAUUAGCUGGAAUGUAGAUGUGGGGGACGAAGUAGCUACAGCGAACCAAGUGAUUUGCGAGAUAAAAAGACCAUGUAACCACGAUAUCGUCUAUGGCGGGUUGUGCACUCAAUGUGGGAAAGAAGUGUCCGCAGACGCCUUCGAUGGUGUGCCAUUAGACGUCGUCGGAGACAUGGAUUUACAAAUUAGUGAAACGGAGGCCAUUAGGACGGGGAAGGCAUUGAAGGAGCAUUUGCGACGGGACAAGAAACUGAUUUUAGUAGUGGAUUUAGAUCAAACUAUCAUUCAUUGUGGUGUAGAUCCUACCAUCGCAGAGUGGAAAAACGACCCUAAUAAUCCAAAUUUUGAAACAUUAAGAGACGUCAAGAGCUUCACUUUGGAUGAGGAGCUAGUACUCCCACUCAUGUAUAUGAAUGAAGAUGGUUCUGUGCUGAGACCGCCUCCAGUUAGGAAAUGUUGGUACUACGUGAAGGUAAGGCCUGGGUUAAAGGAAUUUUUCGCUAAAGUAGCUCCUCUCUUUGAAAUGCAUAUCUACACAAUGGCUACAAGGGCUUAUGCCUUACAAAUAGCUAAAAUCGUCGAUCCUACGGGCAAAUUGUUUGGCGAUAGAAUUCUAUCGCGUGACGAAAAUGGGUCUCUAACGACAAAAUCAUUAGCUAAACUAUUCCCCACAGACCAGUCAAUGGUUGUAGUUAUUGACGACAGAGGUGAUGUUUGGAAUUGGUGUCCAAACUUAAUUAAAGUUGUUCCUUAUAAUUUCUUCGUUGGAGUAGGUGAUAUCAACUCCAAUUUCCUGCCCAAGCAAUCUACUGGAAUGCUACAACUUGGAAGAAAGACAAGACAAAAGAGCCAAGAAUCUCAGGAACUGCUGACAGAUAUUAUGGACAAUGAAAAAAAGCUACAAGAAAAGAUAGACAAGGAAGUUAAACGUCAGGAAGAAAAGUUGAAUCACCAAUUGGCCACUGCAGAAGAACCUCCUGCAAACGAAUCCAAAGAAGAGUUGACCAAAAAACUAGAAUACUCAGCAUCCUUGGAAGUCCAACAACAGAAUCGACCCUUGGCCAAACUACAAAAACACUUGCAUGAUCAAAAACUAUUAGUCGAUGAUGACGAUGAACUAUAUUACUUAAUGGGCACGCUAUCAAACAUUCACAUGACUUAUUAUCAAAUGCUAUCACAAGAAAAUGAACCAGAACCAAAUUUGAUGGAAAUUAUACCAAGUCUAAAGCAAAAAGUCUUCCAAAAUUGCUUUUUUGUUUUUUCGGGUUUAAUACCCCUUGGGACUGACAUCCAAAGGUCGGACAUUGUAAUAUGGACAAGCACGUUUGGUGCCACCUCUACUUCGGAUAUAGAUUUCCUCACAACACAUUUAAUCACCAAGAACCCAAGCACUUAUAAGGCACGUCUGGCGAAAAAGUUCAACCCAGAGAUCAAAAUCGUUCAUCCAGAUUGGAUAUUUGAGUGUCUGGUAAAUUGGAAAAAAGUAGAUGAAAAACCCUACACUUUAAUCGUGGACAGUCCCAUUUCUGAUGAGGAGUUACAAAACUUUCAAUCACAACUACAAAAAAGGCAGGAAUAUCUGGAGGAAAAUCAAGAACAGCAGCAUAUGUUGACAUCACAAGAAAAUCUAAAUCUAUUCGCAACCGGUACCUCAUGGUUAAACAAUGAUGAUGAUGAUGAUAUCCCGGAUACAGCCAGCGAUGACGACGAGGACGAUGAGCACAAUGAUGAAAGUGACGAAGAAAAUCACCCAGAAGGCAUCGACAGAAAGAGAAGCAUCGAGGACAAUCAUGAAGAUACAUCGCAGAAGAAGACCAAGGCAGAACCUUUACAAGAUGGUCCUGUACAACAGAAAAGAGAAGGAGACGAUAACGAAGACAGCGACUCACAAUUGGAGGAAGAGUUGAUGGAUAUGCUGGAUGGUUAA